AUGCUGACGUCCAGGCGACACCACCAAUCCCACUCAGACAGCCUUUCCUCCAAAUACGGAACCUCAAAAGCUACUUUUCGCUCUAAGCGUCACACCAGGGAUGCUUCAGUCGUGUCGAGACGCCAUGAAAGGCGCCAAGUACCAGAUAGCCCGCCAGAUGGGAGCUCUCUAUCCUCGUCUGUAAUCACCAUUUGCGUCGGCCCAGACAGACGGCUUUUCGCCGCCCACAAGGAAAUCCUCUGCGCUUCACCCUUUUUCGCAACCGCAUGCUCCCGUGCCCAGACGCUUGACCCUUUCAACGGUCGGCGAAUAGCCUUACCCGAAGAGCAACCGGAGGUAUUCUCUUGCAUCCUUGAGUACCUGUACAGGGGCGAUUACUAUCCCCGAUUGAUUCAAAAUGAGCGGCGCGACACAUGGGAGUUGGAGAAUCCCAGGCUCGUGGACGGGCAAACCGACGGAGCUACACUCUUCCACCCAGCUGCUGGCGCGGAAAUCCUGAAAGAUACCAUUGUUUACUGUGCCGCAAACAAGUACGGCCUCGAGCACCUCAAACGCCUCUCCCUCGUGAAACAGGGCUUGCACACAGGUAUUCAGUGCAGCACUAUCCUUGCAAGUGCCCGUUACGCCUACGCCAACACACCGGACCACGAAUCCAAGCUCCGAGCUCACUACCUCGCUCUUAUCAUCCGCAGUAGGUCCACCUUUAAGAGGAGCGGUACGAUGCAAAUGGAGAUGGAAAAGGGUGGGAAAUUAUUCUUCGAUCUUUUCGUGGCAAUGUGUAACCACAUGGAUGACCUCGCGGCGCCGAGCACUAAGCCUUCCCUUGCCGGGUGA